AUGGUCAAAUUUAUUCCCACAAAAAGAACAACAAAGAAUUUGUCAGUCGAGGAAUUCUGGCAAGUCAAACAAAAAUUAAAACCCAGAGAUGCUGAAAAAUUAAAAAGACGUGUUUAAGUAGACUUAUCAGGUCGUUAUAAAUUUAAGUCUUUCAAGAAAGAAAUUCAAAACAUAGAUGUUAGCUUGACUCAUUUUAUAGACGAAAUCAAGCAAUAGCCUUAUAGUUAAACUGAUGAUAAUUUAGGUUCCUACUUUUUGGAUGAGCUAGAACUUUAACAUGCCAAGUGCAAAACACCAUAUUAUAAAAAAUUCUAUACAUAGGUAGUAGAUCUUUCUUAAAGUUUACCUUUAGUCCUCCAUAACUUGGAUUAUAUAAUAAGUCUUAUUGUAGACAAUUUAAAUCUCCCUGAAGUCUCAUUACAAGAUGUCAAAAAAAAUAUCAAAGGAGGCAAAAGUAAAUAAGUUGUUUAAUUAGAAGCAUCUUUUGAUGAUGAUGAUGAAGAUGAAGAAGGAUAAAUGGAUGUGGCAUAAAUUGCAUUUGAUGAAGAAGAAUAAGAUGAUGAUGAAGAUGACUUAGACGAUGCCAUAAAGUUAAAUUAAGACAUGCAAGCAUAAGCUAAGUAGCAAAUGGAAUCUGAAGAAGAUCCUGACGUUGCAAAAGUAAGAAGAAGACUAAUGACACCUUAUAUGCUAUAAUUACUUCCUGAGAUUAUCAGAGAUUGUUAAGAUUUGGCUUACAAGGUAUUUAUUGAUAAGGUCUUCUUCAGAAUCACUGACUUAAUUGAUUUAAAGAACCUUCCUUAGCUCUAAUUAAUUUAUAAAGUAUUAGCUUAUUCAUUAAAAUAUUUCUACAGAGAAAUUUUAAAUAACUUUGAAGAAUUUUUGGGUUUGUAUUUCAACAAGCUAUUUUUACAUAAAAAUAAAUAUGUAAGAUAAUUUUCUAGUGAGUCCUUCUCGUAUAUUAUUAAAAAAAUGACUUAAAAAGAAAGAUUGUAAAAGGUUCCUAAGAUUUUCGAAAUGAUUAGAAAUAAAUGUGUAGAACUUAGGUAAGAGACUGAAUAAGACUAAACAUUAUAAAAAUAUAAAGUUCUUUAGGAGUAGUAUUUAAAAGAUAGCGUUAGUCAUAUGUUAUUCAGUUGUUUAAUUGGUAUGCAUAGAUUCAUGACUUAUAGAGGCAUGGACUAAUUCAAAGAAAUUAUUGAAAUCAUUUUAAGCCAAGGAAAGGACAAUAAUGAUAUCCAGUAUGUUUUAGGCUAAUAUCUCGAAUAUUCAUACAAGCAUUUUACAAUUGAGUAACAAGCAGAUAAAUUGUGCUUUAACCUAACUGAUCUUUUUAAUGCAUUGAGUUUAAUUCUUUCUAAAAAUGUUACUGUUGAUUAAGAAGGAUUUUCUCUUAUAUUAAGAAAUAUUUGCUCAAAGAUUAUCGAUUUCCUUGAUUAUAAAGACGCUAUUAAUUUGGAUGAAAAGAAUGCUCCUCACAUUAUUGAAAUGCUUAGAGUUAUGAUUGAUUAUCAAAAUAAGUAUCCAGAUCAAUAGUUAAAAAAUAGUAUUUCUGGUUCUAUUGGUAGACUUUUUAAGAGGGGAUUCAGCUCUUAUUCUUCAAGCAUUCUUACACCAGAAGUCAAUGAUUUCUUACUUGAAAAGUUAAGCAUUUUAGAGACAUUUGAGUUCUUUAAAUUACUCAUUUUCCCCUAUGAAGGUAAAAAAGAAGACGUUGACAGAGCUUAUACUUUCGAAGAAGGCAUCUACGACUAUUGUUUGAUUUUAGCUUUCCGUCAUAUUGACAAGUUAUUCGAAAGACGAGCUGCUGAUGAUAAAGAAGAUGUCCAAAAAACUCUCCACUGCAUGUUCUUUAUGAUGACUAUGAUACAUGAAUAAAGUUUUUCUUAUAAAAAAUUAUAGCUUAAAAGUUCUUAAGUUCUUUUAAAUGUUGCAUUAAAUAAACUUUAAAACUUACUUGAAAAUUAUAUUUCCUAUUUAAAUAACCCAAGUCCUGCUAAAGAAUAAAUUACUGAAGCCAAAAGAUGUUACAGAGAAAUGAUCAUCUUUACAAAAUUAUCACAAUUUUCUGAUUUCAAGAGCCAAGAAUUAAUUAAUAAGUAUGAAUAGUUAAUUAAAAUAAUAAAUACUUAACUUCAAUAGAAGAGUGAAGAGUUAGGCACAUAGGAUUUUGAAGAAGACAAAUUUAUUGAUUCAAACGAAUUAUAUAAUUUCCGUGAAAGUAUAGUUAAGAAGUACGAGUUGAAGAGCUCAAUAGUUAACUCUACCUAAAAACUUUCACUCUUAAAAAGCGAAAUGCUCAUAUAUGUCAGCUCUAAUCUUUAGGAAAAAACAAAUGAAUAAUUAAUUGCAUUUGAAAUUUCAUAUUUAAAUAAAUAUGUUGAAAAUCCUAAUUACUUAAAGAACUUCGCAAUUUUCUUGUAAAACACAAAGAGAAAAUUAACAGUCGAUGAGCAUGAGUAGUUCUUCUAUCAACUUUGUCGUAACUUAAGAAGCAAAUACACCGAAACAAGACUCGCUUCACUUUAAGUUUUAAAUUUAUUCUAAAAAUUAGAGUAUCUGCAAGUUAAUGUUUAAUCUAAUAAUGAAACUAUUCCUUCUGUUUUAAGAGGAGAGAUCAAUAUGAUUGAAAUGCUGCUCUAUAUAUAAAACUAAAUUCCUUCUAUUGACAACGAAAGAAACAUCAAGUUAGAACUAAUGAGAAUGAAAACAAACGCAUACGCUUAUCCACCUAUUUAUCAUUAUUUAUUAUUUAACUUCUGUCUUGGUUAUAUGUUUGUUAGAUUUGCUCUCUUAUGGCCUAUUACUAAAGAAAUUAUUACCCACUUAUUCAAUCUUAGGAAGCACCCUCAUAUUCCUUAUAUCUUCUUGAAUAUGUUGGCAUAUUACAACUAUUAAUUAUCUCCAUAAUUCAUAAGCAAAUAUAAUAAUGCUGAUUAGCUCUUUGAAGACAUUGAAGAAAACGAGGAAGAGGAGGAUGAUGAAGAAGAAGAAAAUGAAGAUGAAUAAGGUGAUAAUUAGUAAAACAAUAACAAAAUGGAAAUCGAAUUACAAUAAGGAGAAUCUGACUUCUUUGAUAGUCUUUUUAACGAUUAUUAUUUAUUUGAAGGAGAUGUUAUUGAAAAUAAACUAGUGUUUGAGAAUGUGUUCAAGGCUUUGAGUGAAAGUAAAAGGGAAUCAAUUGAUGCAAUAGUAAAAUAAUAAAUAAUUUGCCUCAUGAAACAAUUCUUUGAAAAUGAACACCGUGAAAUCGAGUUCAUAAUAUAAGAUUACUAAUAAUUAACUGAAUUAUAAAUUGUAUCACGCUAGUUAGAUAACUAGAUAGCAAUUAACAAGAAUUUAUAUGUCAAAUACACUCAUUUUUUAUAAAUUUUUAUCAACUUCAUUAGUGUUAAAGACAUUGAAAAAUAACACUUCUAUGAAAUAUUCCUUGAAUUAUUACGUAAGAACAAGGAAAAUAUUUAAUAAUUAGCACUUGACUGCAUUUUGAAAUUUGAAAAGGCUUCAUUACAUAAAUACCAAUAAAGUCUUAAGUAAUUAACAAAGAAGGAAAACUUGCGUAGAGAAAUGCUCAACCUUAAUUUAAAUAGAGACUCUAAGUAAAUAGAAGAUAGUCACAGAGUUGAUGUUAUUCCUGUUAUUAUCAACAUUUUGUAUCCUCACUUAUUUACCAAAAAAGGCAGUCAUCAUAAAUCAAAGAAACAUAGUGAAUUAUAACGUAAUGUAAUUUACGGUUUCUUUUCUUCCCUCUAGCCUAAUGAAUUAGGGUAUGUCAUCGAUUUAGUAUUUAAGAAUUUCCAUAUUCCUGACUUCACAAAUGAUUCAGUUAUUCUUACUAACUAAAAAGAGCUUUUACAACUUCAUUUGAAUAAAAUUUCUCAAUUCAAUAUCAACAUUAAGAAUAUGAUGUAAAAGUUAGGUUUGUUGCUUAAACCUUUCUUCAAUCGUAUUUUUAAUUAUCUUUUGUCUCUAUUCAGCUCUUGUCAAACCUUAAAGAGUUAGAUUAAGUAGGCUAAAAAUAAUCAAUAAAUGUUUGAAUCUGAAGAAAACAAAGUAAAUCGUAUUUAUAAAUCAGUCAAGAAAUUACAAAAGCAAGCCCUCGAAAGAUAUAGUGAGAUUUGCCGCAGAUAUCGCAAUCAAUUGAGUGGAUCAUAAGAUUUUGUUGAAAAUUUCUUGUAAAUUAUGGAUAAUAAGAUUUAAAUGCUUCGUUAAGACACUGUAACUAGUGUGCCAGGUGUUCUAAAAAUUAUGAGUAUUUGGUCAUAAGACUCUUAAUUCUAUUAAUACUUCUUGAAAUACGAAUAUAUUAUCCCAAUUUUGAUAUCUCUUUACAAUAGAGAAAAAAUAAAUGUUUAAAUUAUUUAGCUUGUACACAAUAUCUUUUCUCAGCUUUUAGGCAUUCAAUCAAGCAUCGAUAAGAAAAAUAAAUCUGAAGAAGAAAUGGAAGAAGAGGAAGAAGAUGAAGAAAAUGGUAUUGAAGAUGAUGAUGAAGAUAUUGAUAGUGAAGAUUAAGAUGAAAUGGAUGUCGAAGAAGAUGAAGAUUUUGAUGAAAAAAAUAAUUAGUAAUUAAAGAUUACUAAAUCCAUUAUGAAAACUACAAAGGGAGCCUCUGCUGACCAAGAUGUGAAAUAGAAAAUCAGCGAAUUUAUGAAAUAACAUUACAACUCUUUGUUAGAAAGCAUGUAUUCUUAUCUUGAAUUUAAUCUUGCUCCUAGUUAAUUGAUCAAAAGAAACAAACAAAAGAAAAUUGAUUCAUUGAGUCUUGAAAUCAUUGAUCAUAUCAGUUCUAAUAUUGAGUCAAUUGAAGAAAGUUUGAGUUUUAAGUAUUUAAAUUACUUCAUCAAAUUCCUUGAUGCUGCAAAUGUCAAAAAACUUAAAGAUGUUGCAUCUACUCCUUCUACAUCAAGUACCGAAGAAAAUAGUAAUAAGAAAGGAAAAACUAGACAAUAAGAGUUAGGCGAUAAGUUUAAUAUUUUCUACAAAGUUUUAAGCAUAAAUAAUAACUUUUUAAGACUAAAUAAAGACAAUACAUCCUUUUAUAAACCAUUUAUUAGCAUUUUACCUUUCACUUAGUCUGAAGAAUUCAAAAAACUUGCAGUCAAGUGUAUUACUUCUCUCAAGCUACCUUUCCACAAUGAUUAAAUCAUUGAAGUACUUUAAGAUAUGUCAGUAUUUGAAAGAACGAUGAAACAAACCUUGAACUACGAUAAAUUCCUUGACGCUGUCUAUAAGGUUAAUACUGAGUACAUGAAAGAAUGGUUUAAAGGAGAUUUAAGAUGUGUAGAGACUUACUUUAUGAUGUUAAUGAGUUCAUGUGCUGACUCAGAAAUGAGUGUCAGAAUGGCCAUUAAUAGCUCAUUUGAUACUCUAUUCAAGCUAAUUACUGAAAAUCAAGAAAACCUCUCAGAAGAAAAUAUUCAAACAAUAAAAGCCUAUUUAUUCUUCAAGCUUUUACCUUUUGUCGCUAAAGAACUUAGAAAAACAAAGGAUGAAUAUGUUGUCAAAAAUGUUAUUCAAAUACUCAAGCUUUAUUUGUAAUUCAUUCCCUCAAUCAAGAUUGAAAACUUCUUCUAAACUGAUAGUUUUAAUUAUAUCGAAUUACGUGCUUUGAUACACACCGAUGAAAAUCAAGAUUUCUUUGAAUGUAUUACUCAUAUUUAAAUGAAUAAGAGAAUUAAAGGUAUGAAUAUUCUCAUGAAGACUGUAGAGUAAAUUAAUGACUAAUCAAACGUUUGGAAUAUUGUAUUACCUAUUAUUGAAUGGAUUAUCCUUUACAAAUGCUAAGAAAUAUAUAAGGCUAACAAUAAAACCAAAUUAACUGAUAUUACUUUGUAACACUACAAGUUACUUUUAUAAUCUGCUAUCAAUACUAUUGGCAUAAUAUCAAAAAAUUUAUCUGUAGCUAAGGUCAAAAAAAUCCUUAAGAAAUAUGUUUAAUUCCUUAGUAACAAGAAAUUUGAUUAGAAGAUUACUAUUAAAGUACUUGGAUCUGUAUUAGAAACUUUGAACCUACCUUAUAAUAUUGUUAGCGAAGUCAAUAGAGAAAUGGAAAAUAUUUAGGAGAAGAAAAUGGAAAAUACUUUGCUUUAUGAUAUGAUUCAAAAGAACAAAGAAUAUGAUAACCCUAAUUAAGAUUUGUAAGAAGACGAAGAACCAGUAGAAAACAAUGAUUUAGCUGAAGUCUAGCCCUAUGAUUUAGUUCUGGAUGAAAAAUUAGACACAAACAUUAAGGAGAAAUGGAUUGAAAAUUUGGAAAGAGAGAAGUUUUACAUUAAAAAUCAAGAACUCGAAUUAGAUUAGAUUGCAAGCAAAGAUAGCGAUAUGUCUAAUUAUUACAGAUUCUUAAGAUUAUAAGUCUUCUUGCCAAUGAAAUAACUACUAUUCGAUUAAUACUCAAAGGCUUAUAACAAAUUUGCUAAAGUCACUUUAGAUGACAAAUAAAAAAAUAAAUAAGAUGAAAAGAUCAGAAUUUUCAUGACCAUAGCUCUUAUUAAGCUUUUAAUUAAGUUCCCUAAAGAAAUUUUCAGAAUCGAAUUCCCUAAGCUUGUAAAUAAAGUUGUUAAAAAUUUACGUACUAAGGAUAAUGAUGAACGUAACUUCACUCGUAAAGUCCUCUUAGAAAUCGUAAGAAUGACUGGUCCUUACUUUUUCCAUUACAUCGUAAAAGAAUUAAAGUUCUUCCUCAAAAAUGGAUGGGAGUCUCAUAUUCUUAACUACACAAUUUACACUUUGCUUACUGAAUUAGACAACAAGAAGAUACCUAUUGGUAGUUUGGAUUAUUGUCACAGUGAAAUAUUCCCUCUCUUGGUUGAUGAAAUAUUCGGAAAGCUCAUGGAAGAAAAAGACUUAUAAAUGACUAAGAUUCCUGAAUAAAAGAAAAAUAAAGCAAAUGCUACUUUCUAAUUAUUUGCUAAAAAUUUAGAUUUCAGAAAUGUUAUCAAUUUCUUAGCAUUUGUUAGACAAUAGCUUGUAGAAAAUUUGGAUGGUUCUAAAAACCUUGGUAAGUUUGAAGAAUUGUUUAACUUUAUUUUGGAAGGUUUUGUUAAAAACGAGAGUGUUUAGCAUACUGAAUUAGUUACUGUCAGUUAUAGUUUGAUUAAGGAUGCUUUAGAUUUGAUUGAAAGCACCAAGAAAAAAGACAGACUAAAUGAUACAACAAUAGCAGAUUAAGUUAUAGAUAAGAAGUAGCUUACAAAGCACAAUUUAGCUAAGACUUAUGAAAUUUUGGAAGUCACUGCUCAAAACAAAUCCAUUUUCUAAUCUAUUCAAGACUCAAAGAAAAAGAAUAAAUUUAAAAUCGGAUGCUGCAUGUGUAACUUUGGUUUAAAGAUGUGUUUGAUGGGUAUUAAGAAGUCCAUUUUCGCACCAGAAUAAAUUUCUAAUUAGAUCCAAUUCGAGCAACUAAUUAAGGUUAUUGUUGAGUGUCUCAAGUCAACAGAUAAUACUAUGAUUAUUAGCAGUUUGAGAAUUUUAAAAACUGUCAUUACUAGGAAAGAAGCUAAGGGAAUUCGUAAAGCUACUGUAUCAGCAGUACUUGCUAUCUUGGAGAAAUUAACUAACACAGACAUUGAGAUGAUUGGUGAAACAUUUAAACUCAUAAACACUAUUAUUGAUCACUCUCAAAACUCAUUAAAGAAUUCUUAAUAUAAAGCAUUACUUUUGUAUAUCAAAUAAUUUUUGGAUGUCAGCGAUUACUGUUCAGAACCAUUAAAUACUUUGAAUACUAUUAUUGAAAAGAAACUUAUUUAUGAAGAAGUUUAUGAUUUGGUUAAUUAAAAAGUAAGAGAAGCUAUGAUCCAAUCUUAUGCGCAAAACAUAAAUUCUAUUUGCAAAUAAAUUUACUUGAAUUUCUUGGUAAAGUAUCCUAUUUCUGAUACAAUCAUGCAAUCUUCGAUAAAUUUCUUAAUUAAAAAUACCGAAUAUACUUACGACUAAGGUAGAAUUAUAGUUUAUGACAUCCUUAAAAUCAUUAUCAAGAGUUUCCCUGAUAAAGUACUCACUUACUUUGGUGAAAUCAUUUAUGUAUCAUACUUGGUAAACUUAAUCAAAGAAGAAAACAAAGAAAUCAGAGAAACUAUUAAGCUUUCUUAACAACUGUUAAUCAACAGACUUUCUAAUGAAUAAAAAUAAAGAUUGAUUACUAACAAUCUUCAAUGGAUAACUUAACAUAAUAAUCCUAAAAUUUAACAAAGCGGUUUUAUUGGAUUGCGCUUGUUUUUAGAAGACAAACAAGACUUCCUUACUAAAGAAGAAGAAAUUAAAUUGUAAAUAAGUCAAAUUUUUGACAGCAGAGAAGAGAGAAUGAAUAUCUUUUGGGAAAUUAUUAAACAAAAGAAAGAAAAGAAAGAAGCUCUUAAGAAUUCAGAAUGGAAAAACUUUAUUGAUACUGAAAUAGAAGUAGAAGAAAAAUAAAAUGAAAACGAAUUGACUAAUGAUACUUUGUUAAAUAGUGUUUUAGAAUUUGUUUUAGCUUAUAAUAAAUAUUUGAAGGAAAGAGAAUUGCCUAAUACAUUGAUUUUUGAAGGCAAAAGAAAGUUAAUCUGCAAUAUUAUUUAAUAUAUCAAUUUCCCUAAUUAAGACACUUCUAAUUUAACUAUGAAUUGUUUGAUGGAGUUAACUGAAACUAACUAAAGUAUGGCAUAGUAAGCCUUUAAGGAUGGUAUGCAAGUUGUUGUUUCACUGCUUCCUAAAGUUUUGAAAUAUUUAUAUUUCUCUAAACUUAAAAAUAACUUUGUUAUUUCUAAUACUCAAAACUCUCAUAAAUUCUUCAUAUUUGUAAUGAAGUUCUUCUUAAACUGUGAUCAAGAAACGAUUGCCAUUGCUUUGUUUGAAAAUAUCCUCAAAAUCUUCUUAAGAUCUUACAUAAAAGCAUAUUACAAUAAAUCUUAAAUAGAAUAUAUUGUAGAAUUGAUUCUUCACUUGGCUCAAAACAUGUCUUAAGAUGAAGAUAAAGAACUUGUUAAUGAAAUUAAAAACUAUAUGUUGAAGAAUGAAAGAGCAUUAGAAAUUGUUUUGGAAAUUUUGAUUAAGGUUAAGACUUUUGAUAACAAUAACAAGAUUUCUAACUAAGAGACUAUUGAAAAAGCUGAAUUGGCUAUUGAGGAAUUGAAGAAAUCAAUAGAGUUGAAUAACUUCUUCCAAAUGUACUCAAAGGUAAAAUCAGGAAUUGAAUCAAUAAGAUAAGAAAGAAAGCAACAAUAAAAACAAGAUAUAAUUACUAAUCCAGAGGUUGCCUUUGAAAAGAAGCAAGAGCAAAAUCUUAAAAAGAGAAAAGCAAAACAAAAUAAAAUUAGAAAUAGUAAAAGAUCUGAAAACAUAGGCAGAAAGAUUCUAAAAAAAGAUUGA